UGAUGAAAUCAGGUGAAUUCCAGCUUGCUAAGAAGCAGGAGAAAAACAAGGGCUAGUUAGACUUUUAAAACGGUGAAAUAAGUCGUGCUUCCUUUUCUGAUGGAUCUUCUUCAAUGACUCAGAAAAAGAACCCUCAAAAUAAACACCUUAAAUUACUUUUUUAAGCCUCACAUUGUUUUAAUAGAAUGCGAAAAUGAAGAGAGAAUCAACAUGGGCACUCUAUUUUCUUGUGCUCUUACUCACAUCCAUAUUCUUCUUCAAUUUCGUAUACCCUUUUGAUCGACAAUUUCUUUCUCGUCUUGCUUUUUUCUCAUCAUUAUCAUCAUCAUCGUAUUUCGCUACAAAGAAAUCGCCGUUCAUCGGAGUCUGUGAUUACUCCAGAGGGCACUGGGUUUGGGAUGAAACCUACCCACUUCGGUUAUACGAUGAAAACUGUCCCUUUCUUGAUCCAGGAUUCCGGUGCCACCAAAACGGACGCAAAAAUGAAAGCUUUCGCAAAUGGCGAUGGCAACCUGAUGACUGUGAUAUUCCCCGAUUCAAUGCGAGUGUGGUGCUAGAGAGAAAUCGCAAUGGACGCAUUGUGUUUGCGGGUGAUUCUGUGGGAAGAAACCAGUGGGAGUCUUUCCUGUGCAUGCUGACAAAAGGGGUUUCUAACCUCUCCAGAAUACAUGAAGUGAAUGGAAAUCCCAUAAGCAAACACAAAGGGUAUCUGGCCAUGAGGUUUCAGGAAUACAACUUGACAGUAGAAUACUACAGAACACCCUUCUUGUGUGUUAUAGGUCGUCCACCCAUCAACUCAUCCAAUCAUAUAAGAAGAACUAUCAGGCUUGACGAGUUGCACUGGUAUUCCAAACAAUGGGUUGGAGCUGAUAUUCUUAUUUUCAAUUCCGGACACUGGUGGAACCCAGACAAAACUAUCAAGUCGGGCAACUACUUCCAGGAAGGAGGGAGGGUAAGGAUGAUGAACGUGAAAGAAGCAUUUUUGAGAUCCUUACAGACGUGGAAAUCAUGGGCAUUAAACAAUCUAGAUCCUAGGAGUUUCGUCUUCUUUCGUAGCUUCUCCCCCGUCCACUUCAGGCAAGUGCAUUGACAUGUUUUUUCUGGGCCUGACACUCAAACAAACACCCUUCAAGACAAUCUUUGAUACGAAAUGCCCGAGUCACCCUGCAGAAGUUAGUUUUCAAGGGUAUAGAGUCGAUUUAAUUUA